AUGCUGCCAUACGCUGUCCUCUCCACCCUCCUACCGCUGCUAGCCCUGGCCCAGGAUGGUGGUAUAACUGGGCCAACAACGAGCCCCGACGCCGCCGGCUACUCGUGCGACCCCUCUAGGUGCCAACUCCCCAACUGCCACUGUGCGAGCACCAGCCCACCAGGCGGCCUCGACCCCUCGGAAGUUCCAAUGUUCGUCGUGUUCACGGCCGACGAUGCGAUCCAGUCCUACACCCUCGAUGCUGUGAAUCAGUUCCUUGCGCACCGUAGAAACCCCAACGGCUGCCCAAUCAAGAUGACCUACUACACAUCCCUCACCUACACCAACUACACCCUCGUCACUGACUGGUAUGUCGCAGGAAACGAAAUCGCGGAUCAUACAAUGACCCACGUGGGCUCACCACCUGCCGACGAGAUCAACGGCAACCUCAUCACGCUCAACGCCCUCGCAGGCAUCCCCAUGUCCGCCAUCAAGGGUUUCCGGGCCCCUUACCUCAACUACACUGCCGACACCCUCAAGCAGCUCUACGAGUCCGAGUUCACAUACGACUCGUCCUCGACCGCCUCCGUGCCGGUCACUGACCCCAACACCGACGCCUACUGGCCCUAUACGCUCGAUAACGGUAUGGCUAACAACUGCUUGACUAUCCCUGGGACGUGCAAGGGCGAGCCGAAGUUACCUGGUUUCUGGGAGGUGCCCAUGUAUGCUUUCUUCGACAGAAAUGGGGCCGCUGGCCCACAUCUGAUGGACCCUUGGCUCGAUAACGCGAACGGUGCCAACAGUGUCAACGAUAGCGCCACGCUUGAAUACAUGCAGAACACCUUCACGGACCAUUACCGAGGGAACAGGCAACCGAUUGGACUCUACACUCACCCCAUCCACGUUUCCAGGACGUACCCUGGCGUCAGCGUCCGCACAUCGACCAUCGACAUGAUUAACGCCUUCCUGGACUGGGCACAAGAGCAGCAGAACGUCUGGAUCGUGUCAACCGAGCAACUUCUCGACUGGGUGCAACACCCCGUCCCCGUUUCCCAGCUCGACAGUGUCGCCUCGCUCAAGUGCACCACUCCUCAAGUUGACGAGAACGCUCAGAUCUGCAAUGGCAUCCCGAGGAACCAAGCGGGUUUGCUUUCGCAUUGCGCUUUCUCUGAUUUCCCCUUCUACACAUGCUACGGAUGCCCCUCUGAGCACCCAACCCCUGCGAACCCCAACCCCCCCCAAGACUCGAAUCAACCCGCUCGCUUCCGUCUUCCCGCCAACUGCUCGACCCCCUUCUGGGACCCCAUCGAGGGCAAAUGCCUCUGCCAGUCGAACACAUGCACCUUCGCAGACAACUCGCGUCCCGUCGGCCCGAACGGCGCUAACCUGACGGGCGGCGGUAUCGGCGGCGCGUUCCAGCCCUCUGGGUCUGCCGUGCAGUCGUCGUACAUCCCCUUUAAUGGCGCAGCGCCCCCGUCCCUCUUACCUGCUGGCGCGUGGCCAGCGAUGUUGAUUGGCCUGAUUGGCGCGGUUGUGGGUACGUUUGGGGUUUUGGCGAGGCUAUGA